UGCUAUUGCAGCUGCUCCCCAGUGCAGCGGGCUGGAUGGGCUGGCAGGAAACGCCCGCCCACGCUUGCAUGCCUCUGUUGCUCCCCGCCAGUCGCACAGUCCCCCACCCUGCCGGGAGCUGCCAGCUGCCAUCGCCUCGCAAUGCACUCCGCUAUCCAUGCCCCACAGGGGCUGCUCUCUGCAGGGCUGGCACUCCUGCUGCUUCCGGGAGCCGCGCUGGGCUCAGACUCCAACCCAGACAGCAAUUCCGUGGCUGUGGUCUUCCUGGUCUUCCUGCUCCUGCUGCUGAUCCUGGUGCUGGCCCUGGCCUGGCGCAAGUUGAGCCAUGAUUCAGAUGGCAGAUAUCACCCACGCCACCUGUGCCAGCUACACCGCCUGCUGGCAGCCUUGGCCAGGCGCUGGCGUGAGCUGCAAGGGCAGGUGCCCCCUGAGAGGCACUGGCAAGGCGAGGAAGAGGACGAAGACGAGGACGAGGAGACCCUUCAGCGGGAUGAGGAGGAAGGUAGAGGAGGGCAGGAACAGCAGAGUGAGGAGGAGGGCACUGCUGUGCCAGAGGGGACCCCGCCCAGCAAUGCCCCCGAGGGAGCCCUGGAAGAGGCAGGGGAGGCAGAUGGCGCCAGCGCUGGGGGCCUGCUCAGUGACCUGCACUCCUUCUCCGGGACGGCCGCCUGGGAGGACAGCACGGUGGAGGGAGGCAGCCGCCAGCAUGUCACUGCCCUCUAGGGGAGCUGAGGGAAGGACACAGACUACAGGGGGGACUGCAGCCCCCCACUUGCUCACUGGGGAGCAGCUGGAGUUGAACAACUGCUGCCAGCCCGCCCCCUCAAAGAAGCAGGGAUGAACUGCUCCCUACACCCCAUUCCCCCCCUGCAGAGCUCUCCACCCCUCGCCGUGGGGCUGCAAUGGGGCCCCCUGCACUCCACCUCUCCCCCCCACCACCCUCACAGCUGGAGAGCCAGCCCAAGCAAGCCAGGGAGCAGCCACCCCCACACUCUGCAUUGACUCUAGCACUCCUCCCCCACCCCCACUGCCUGCACCAGGCUACGUGGUGAGACACUGUGGCAUGAGUGUGUGGCUCCACUCCCACUGGAGAGCUGCUGAUUGGCCCACAGGUAGCGCUACAGGCACCAAUAAAGGGGCAGCAUUGCUCACAA